UCUGAACUUCCCCAUCCCGCUCUCCCUUACCUUCAUCUCUCCCUCUCUCUGAAACAAUCGUCGGCCCUCUUCCUCUCUCUCUCUCUUCUCUCCAUGGAGGGACCCAGUCCCGAUGCCCCCGCCGCGGCGGUCCAGCACGUUGACAGGAAGCGCUCGGACCAGCUCCUCAGCAAGUUCGCCGACUCUGGCGACAAGAGGAAAGACCCCAGGGCGCCGAAGCGCCGGAGGAGGGACCGGCGGGUCGCGGCCGCCGGCCCUUUGUCCCCGGAGGGCAGCGUGGACCUGAGCGAGUCACAGGUGCUGGGAGAGAGGCGGUCGCUGCUCCCGCCGGCGAAGCGGAGGUCGGCGUUGCUCCGGAAGCUCGGGGUGGUCAAGCGGUCGCAGCAGGGGGCAAGGGACAUCAGGAACAAGUCGCUGCUGGGAGCCAUCGAGAAGACGUGGCGGAGGACGGUGGAGGGAGCGUCGCGAGUGUUCAUGGAGAAGCAUUACAAUCGCCACAAUCGAUUGAUUAGCGACGCCGUUUAAGUUCCCUGGAUCGUGACUAAUUUAUCCGGGGCCGGAUUUGGCACAUGGGAGACGUCAGACGUGGUUGUAAACUGUAAAUUAUUCAACGUAUUCUUCUGUUUAAUUCGUUGAGCGUUCUUAGAUUGUUUUUUGAUUUUUUCAGAAAAACGUAUAAAUUUUAUUAACAAGUUGUCCAAAAUAAGAGGAAUAAUUCGGAAUAGAUUACUUACGAUGCUUAUUUAGUAAGGUUUAUUUUCUCAA